CACUUGCUACGUCAUCGAAAAUGUGAGGUGGUGAACGCCGCAUCCAGUUUGGUCGGCGGCAGUGGCAACUUUUAUCUCCAAAUUGCGUUUUCAGGUGGUAUGGAAGACGCAACAGUCAGGACGUGUAUUGCUGGCAAAGGAGGUCCUCAGCUGAGAUAAUUCGUCACAUGACAAACCAUUCCAGUCUGAUUUUAGCCGUAUGUGAUGGGAAGAUAAUGUUUUGCUGUAUCAGGGAAAAAAGGUCCUGUCACAUCUUCCCAGGUAUCAAGUCUUCAGGCACCUCUCCCAAUUGCCAUGAUUAAUCAAAGAUUAUUGAGACUGACAUCAAUGAUAUCAGCCAACUCACAGCACUCAUGGGUGUAUUCCAACAGGACCCAUGCACUUAUGUAUGUCCAGAUUGCUUAAGUAUUCCCUAAUCUGAUCGUCUUCCACUACAGGAAAAGAAAUCUAAGAUAUAUAUUGAGGGGGAAAAAAAGAUGGAUUCACAAGAUUGUGUCCCAACAAGUUCAAAGCAAGAUAUGAGCCAUCACAUAAAGGGUAAUGCUGGUAAACAUUAUCUUUGUGGCUAUUGUGCAGCCUUCACCAAUAUAGUAGUCACCUUUCCCAUCCAGAAGGUCCUCUUUCGACAACAGUUGUAUGGCUUGAAAACAAAGGAUGCAGUACAUCAGCUGCAGAAAGAUGGAAUUCGAAAUCUCUAUCGUGGAAUCCUUCCUCCAUUAAUGCAAAAAACAACUACCCUGGCUCUAAUGUUUGGCUUGUAUGAAGAUUUCUCCUCCUUGCUCCAUAGUCACACAAGUGCACCUGAACUUCUAACUUGCAGCAUGGCAGCAGUGCUUGCAGGGACCACAGAAGCCCUUCUUACACCUUUUGAACGAGUUCAGACUUUGCUUCAAGACUACAAACAUCAUGACAAAUUUACAAACACUUACCAGGCUUUCAAGGUACUAAAAGUCUAUGGGAUUAGAGAAUAUUAUCGGGGUUUGGUGCCUAUUCUGCUCCGGAAUGGAAGCAGUAAUAUUCUCUUCUUUGGCCUACGAGGACCUAUCAAACACUGUCUGCCUGAAGCAACUUCUUAUAGCACUCACUUGGUCAAUGACUUUAUCUGUGGAGGGCUGUUGGGUGCCUUACUGGGAUCCUUAUUUUUCCCAAUGAAUGUUGUAAAAACUCGCAUGCAAUCUCAAAUUGGUGGCGAAUUUCAGUCUUUUUCAAAAGUUUUUGUGACAAUAUGGCUAGAACGUGAUAAAAAAUUGAUGCAUCUUUUCAGAGGAGUCCAUCUGAAUUACCAUCGUUCUGUCCUGUCCUGGGGCAUAAUCAAUGCAACAUAUGAAUUCUUGCUAAAGCUAUUAUGAGAAAUGUUACCUUCUUCUGAAACACCUCUAUUCACUUGGGUAUUUGUACAUUUUAGGUCACUUUGUCUCUGGAAAUAGGUUAAUUUAUAGAACUUUUUGUGAAUAAUAUGGAGUACCAUGAAACUUGGAGAGAAUUCAAAGCAGCCAUUACAUUUCAGUAGGGAGAUGGAUGAUAUUGUUAGUGGCUGCUUAGUGUGGAAGGUAAUUAGUCUUAUGAACAACCUUGAGUAUUUAUGGGGUAAAUAGCAUAUAUCUAAAUCUUUAUGCAACUGGAUAUACUUCUGAACAAGUUAAAGUAUUUAUAUAUUGGUGGAUAAAUUUACCCAUAGUGGAAUAACUAGACAAAUGCAAAGUAAAAAAUAUCUGUAUAUUGGUCUAGUAGCUUAUUCUAUAAUUUCCAAUAUUUCCCAAUACUCACAAUAAUCAAAUUUUAUGCUGCACAUCGUAUAAUUUGAAAAUUAAGAAGGAGCCAAUGAAAGUGAAUUCUUUUGUUUGAAACACUACAGAGGGUUAAAAACUGAGCUUCCAAAUGUCUUGGGGCUCUAAAUUAUCUUUGGAGUUUAAACAGAAGCUGCCAAUUUUGAUUAGGAUUACUUUCUUUCUGAACCUCAAGUUUUAAACUGAGCCUACACAAACUAUUUUGUCAACCAUUUUACCACUCAGCUUUAACAUGAGUAUCAUCUUAUUCACCAAUAGCUACUGAAUAUUAAACUUCAGUGUAAAAUGACCAAGUGCAAAAUGGGAUUGUGCCUAUGUAUGAGUGUGCCUUGAAAUGAAAAGGUGGAAGGAGCGAGACAGCAAUUUUAUCUCAAGUUUUAAAAGUGUUCCUUGUUGAAAAACCUAUUUGCAAAUUUAGUAUACUCAAGUUUUCUGCUUUUGUAUUGCUUUGUUUCUGUUGCAAACAAAAAACUGAUCUCACUCAAAUGUUCAAACAGUAAUACAUCUUCCUUUGAUUAGCAA